GCGCUCCCUGCCCGGGGCAGCCCGGGCGCCUAGCGGAGCCUUGAAACUACAAGUCCCGUCCGGCAUCGCAGGGGCGGGGCCCUGUGCGCUGGGCCCUUUGCCGCGCCGUGGGCGCAAGGCAUUCUGGGGGUUGUAGUCUUCUUGCUACGGCGCCGGAGCGUGAUGCGGGUUGCUAGGCGACGACAUCCAACCGGUUGUCGCCCUUCUUGCCUCCUGCGACGGGCGCCCCGGGUGCUUGCAGGAUCCCAGCGGAGCAAGGAGCGAAGCGGGGCGCCCAUCGACACUCCCGGGUCCCUUCACGCCCUCCCGUGCCGGGAGCCCCGGUGGCGGCGGGUGGAGGUCCGAGAGCGCCGUGCAGCGGCCCGCAGGCAGGGCACCUCCCGGGAAAAUGGGGUACCACGGAAAAUGCAUCGAGACUGUGAUCCGGCAGCUGGACCGGUUUAAGCCUGAGAAGGACAGUGCGGAGCAGCUCCUGGAGGACACGGCCGCCUCCCUGCAGGCCCUGAGCUUCGCGAAGCAGGCCUUCGUGCUGGAGGUGCUGUCGGGCUGCCUGGAGUACUGGCAGCCGCUGGCCGUGGUGGUGGAAGCCUUCUACGCCCAGGACGGCCGGCUCUGCCUGUGGGCCGACUACAACCGCUUCCUGGUGACCUGCUACCUGGCCACGUUCCAGCUCCAGGAGCUCGGCUUCCAGCGCUUCAGCAGCAUCGUCCGGUCCCAGCCAGCCGACAAGAUGCGCAAGUUCCUCGCCUUCUUCUUCAACCCCUCGAACCUGACCUCGUGGGUGCCGGACGAGUGGAGCCUCCUCUAUGAGAAGGAGCUGGUGCAGACCUGGACGGCCCGCCUGCUGAGAUGGCAGCCGGAGGUCCAGGGGCUCAUCAACCAGCUGGAGAGGGCGGCGACCGUUCAGCCCCCUUCUUCAAAGGCCAAGGCCACGGAGCCCAAGAAGUUCAACCUGACUGUUCCCAGGCCCCGGGGCCUUCCAGUGCCUGAGCCUGUCCCUGUCAUGGCUAAGCCAAGACCAGUCCCCAGGAGCACCUACCAGUUACCCAGGGAGCCGCAGGUGCUGGAAAUGACCAGGAGCUUAAAUCGCCGGAAGGCGGAGGAGCUGCUGCUGAAGGCGAACCUGGAGGAGAUGCGCUGUGCCAUGCCCUGGGCCCGCGGCCAGCCCCCUCGGCAGUGCCUCAAGAAGCUGCGGCUACCGUAUGCGGACCAGAUUGACCAGACUCCGAAGCUGACCUUCUACCCGCCCAAUGAGGUCCCAGUGAAGCUGAACACCACGGCCAUCCUGCGGGAAGGGGCCCUGUACCAGCGGCAGGUGGAGAAAGAGCUGCAGAGGGUGGACAGGCUCAUGGACGGGGCCGGGGACUUCUCCGAGUUCCUCGAGUGGCAGCAGAAGAUGCAGGCGAGGGACCGGGCGGAGCAGCGGGCGGCGGACGCGUGCCGGCGGCUGCAGGGGAAGCUCAGCCGCGAAGAGGCCGCACUGGCCCGGCAGCAGCUGCUGCAGCACAACCAGCGCCGGGCGGCCCAGAAGAAGGAGGAGAUGGUGGAGCUGAUGCAGCGCCGGGCGCAGCGGCGCCUGCAGGAGGAGCGGAGUGCGAAGGAGCGGGUGGAGCAGGCGGUGGAGGACCAGAAGAACAUCAAGGCCGCACAGACCAAGCUGCUGCGGGACCGGCGCCAGGCAGAUCCCGGGGCACGGCCUGGAAGGGGAGAUGUCGGUCGUGGAGUUGCGGGAGCGGCUGGCCCUGCUCAAGGAGGCCCAGCAGCGCCAGGAGGAGGAGAAGCGAGACCAGAUCAUCCAGGGCAAGCGCGCCCGGAGCCAGGAGCUGCAGGCGGCGCUGGAGCGGAUCGCGCUGUGCCGCGCGGCCAUGGGCCGGGCUGCGGCCCUGAGGCCCAGGGUGCAGGAGGCGGCUCUGGCGGACGAGCGCGUGCGGGAGCUGCAGCGCCGGAUCCAGGAGGUGGCCGAGCACCGCAGGCAGGCGGCCCAGCCCACCGUGCCGGCCUCGCGGGCCUCGUACCCCAAGCGGCGGGCGCAGCUGGAGGCGCAGCACUGGCUGAAGCUGGAGCAGAGCCUGGAGCGCAGGCUGCGGGCGCUGCAGCAGGAGGGCUCGGCCUGUGGGCCCGAGAGCCACCUGGAGGCCGCCUGAACGAGAUCCCGGCGUCGCCUGAGCGGGGCCAGCACGUCCUGGGCCCGAGAACCCCGGUAAUAAAGCGUGCCACCCGCCUGUGCGCCUCCUCUCGCUCGGCCGCCCCCACCGCCCGCCCCGCCGCCUGCCCCGAGCUCCACCUGCCCAGGGUGGUGCUGCGGAUGGAGACCGCCUGAUGCCAAAGCAGUGCCCGCGCUUUAUUUGGAGCCAGAUCAACCCGCCCGUAUUCAUGUGCUAAACAAGCCCCUGCUCCCCGGCUGCCAGCGCCAGAACCCCCUGCACGUAGCAACCUGCAACCUGCACUGUGUCCAGGGCUCAGAGGCUUAACCCGGGGACCCCAAGCCUGGGUGUGCGGGUGUGUUUGGUCGGAGAAGCGGCCAGGACUCUUGAGCCAUUGGGAACCGGCCUCUCUCAUGCCUCUUCUCCUGGAAACCUCACAGCGACGGGGCGUGGGCUGGAGGCGGGCUUGUCCCCCAUCCCUACUCAGUGGGCGCACUGCCCAUCCCCUCAGGGUCACCCAGAGCGCAGGCUGAGCCGCUGGCACCCGCCUGCCGGAGACAGGGACUGGUUCGUUCUCCUGGGUCCUGGGUCCCAGCACCAGGCUGGCGAGGGGUGGCCUUGGGAACGGGCUGGCUGUGCUGCUGCUCCCAGGAAGGCGUCUGUGGGCAAGCCCCCGGGGCGGGGCUGGAGACUGCCAGGUAGGCAGAUGUCCAGGAGAGAGAC